AUGCAGAUAGGGUGUCCACGUCACCAUUGCCUUGCAAUCGAGCUACCGAGAAUCAGCACUUUCCAUCCCUAUGUCGAUUUCUUAUAUGUGCAGGUGAACAUGCUGAACAUGCUGAACAUGCCGUAA